AUGCCGGGGGAGGCGGUCACGCUGCAGCUCGGGCACUACUCGGGCUGUGUGGGCGCGCACUGGUGGGGGCUGCAGGCCGCCUCGCUGCGCGACCCCGCCGAGCCCGCCGAGCUCUGCUCGGCCGCGCUGCUCCGGCCCGGGCGGGGGCCCGGCGGCACCGAGACCCCCUCGCCGAGGCUGGUGGCGCUGGAGCUGAAAGGCGGCGUGGGCGCUCUGAGACCCGGCGGGGCGAGCGAGGAGGCUCCGGUGCCCUGGGACGGGGCCGUGGCCGAUUACCGGGACGCGCCGCGGGACAGCGGGAACCGCACGGGAGACGCCUCCUGUGACGGGAAGGGGGGUCCCGGCGCUGCCGUGCCAGGAGCAGCUCCCUCAGGGUCGCAGGACCCCCCCUCGGUGAGGCUCUGGUCCGAUUACCUCAGCGUGCCCCUGCACCCCCGGAGCCUCCACGUGAUCCGGCAGUACCUGCACGAUGGGGACUGUGGGUGUCUGGAAGCCUUUGCACAAGGGGAAAGCCUCCUGCAGGAUCCCACCUGCCUCGAGGAGCUGGAGGAUCGGCUGCACUUCUUCGUGGAGGAGUGUGAUUACCUGCAGGGGUUCCAGGUGCUCUGCGACCUCCACAGCGGCUUCUCCGGGGUGGGGGCCAAGGUGACAGAGCUGCUGCACGACGAGUACUCGGGGAAGGGGAUCCUGUCCUGGGGCCUCACUCCGGCCACCAGUGACCUGGCGGAUCCUCAGAGCGGUUUCUACAGGCUGCUGAACACGGCCCUUGGCAUCGUCCACCUCUCCCAGCACAGCUCUCUCUUCUGCCCUCUGUCCCUCAGCGGGAGUUUGGGGAUCAGGCCACAGCCUCCUGUUACAUUUCCAUACAUAAAAUAUGACGCAUCCCUGAACUACCACAGCAGCGCAAUUUUGGCAGCAGCCCUCGACACCCUCACGGCUCCCUACCGGCUCUGGUCCUCCCAGGGCUCCAUGGUGCACUUUGCUGACUCCCUCACCUUCUCUGGGAGGAAGGUGGUGGCUGCGUGGGCGUCUCUCCCCUUCCCCGCCUCUCCCGGCUCCUCGCUCCCAGAUAUCCUGAGUGCCCACCG